AUGCUAAAAUCUAAACUUCCCAACUCUCAAAUUCUCACCCAACUCCUUCAAAGAUUUACCCAACAAGAGUUAGCCGAUAUUUAUGGAGUAAAUGAAAGAACUAUUCGCCGAAAUAUAAAACCUUCCAACAAACCUAAACAAAAGAGAGGAAUUAAAGAAAAAAUAGUGGGUGAUAAUCUAAACCUUUUACUCUCUUUUACUGAUUAUAAAUCUCAACAUAAUACUCUAACUCAUCAAGAAAUGGCUGACAUGUUGAAAGAGAAAGCCAUUGAUGAAUGUCAUUUCUAUCUAAACGAAGCUCCUCGUUAUGGUUAUGCUCCAAAAAGUCAGAGAACUAUUUCUCCUGCCCCAGGUAGCAAAGGGGGAAGUUAUUCUUUGAUUAUUUGGGUUAAAAAUGGUAAGGAAGGAGAUUUUUUAGUGAUGGAUAAUGCCUCUUUUCACCGAGCUCCUUGCAAAAGGAAAGAAUUAGGUUUAUCAAGUAUUGAAGAACAAUUAUCCUUAAAGAAUUCUAAACUAUUUUCUUUGCCUACUCAUUCUCCUCAACUUAAUCCUGCCGAACUACUGUUUAACACUAUUAGACAUAAUAUUGAGAAGUCUC